GGGAUAUACGUCUCAGGAUACAGGAAAUACGGUAACAGCGAAACCAGGAGGAAGCCAGCCCCGUGCCUGGAGGGGAUCCGCCAUCUCAGAUCUCGGCCUUGCCAGGGCCCACCAGAGAAAACUAACGCUCUGGUCCUGUCAUACCUAUGGGGGACCAACCUUGUGCCUCCGGGAGAUCCACGCUCCCACCAGGAAAUACGCGGGAACCCAAGCCUCCAAAAAAGCGCUGUGUCCUGGCUCCGCGGUGGGAUUAUCCCGAAGGGACUCCCAGUGGAGGUAGUAGCACUCUCCCCUCGGCGCCUCCUCCUGCAUCUGCUGGACUCAAGUCGCACCCUCCUCCUCCGGAGAAGUAGUGAAAUAGAUUUUUUUCCCAGCCGAAAUCAGUUUGUGAGGGACUGCAGUAUGGCUUCAUUUCCUUGGUGCGUUUGUAAAAUAGUUCACCCAUUGAAGACCAUGAAGGUUCUUUCCAAUGCUGCCCUGCUUUUGCUGGUGUCUUGCUCCUGGAAGUUGUGAUGCUAAAGGCUCAUCUUAUAUUUUCUACCCCAUUGACCAUUUCUCUAUUUGACUGUGCCACUUGGAGACCGUAUUUACAAACUGAGUAUUAUGAUGUAAUGACUGUGAUUUCACCUCCAGAAUUUGGAUGACUCUAGGACAUUGGCAAGAUCAGGUGGUAGACUUCUAGGACUGAAGGCCAUGGUGUGUGUGGAUCAUGGUAAACUCACCAAAGCAAGUAAUGCCCUUGAGAUGAUCCUGCAGAAGCUUGUCAUUGCACUCUUUUGUUGACACCCAGUCUUUGCUGUAUUACAUUAAAGUUGCAUAAACCCAUUAAUGUCCAAAUAAAUUUUGUCUUAUGGCA